ACAUCGUGGGGGGGAACCUUUUAACGGAAAAUAAGUGACUGGCUGGGUUGAUUAUUUUUGCAGAACCGAAGGGCGUAUUUGGAAGGAACAAUGAAGCCACCAUCGAGGCCGCGUUCUGCUCCCGCACGGUAUAGUCUAGGCCCCACGGCCCGAGUUUGGACAGAGCAAGAAAAACGACGCCUUCUCCAGGCCUUGAGGGCUCAAGUUCACACUCCUGGACCCCUGAGGCCAGAACUGCUGAAGAAGUACCUGCCUUCAAGGGAUGAAACUGAGAUAAUGGGAUUUGUGGACCUGCUGAAAGAGCGUGUGGCAAAGGAAGCAGUCAAGGCACAAUAUCAGCAUCGUCGAUGUAAACAAAAGGAUGCCCCACUUCCAGCACCUAUUGAGGUGUGGAUCACGUUAGCUGAGAAACUGACAGGUCGCCUUGGGGAUGCUGUGACAGCUGCUUUCUCCCAGGUUUUGACAAUUGCAUCAGCUGAGCCACUAUGCUUACUCCAUUCUGUGCCCCCAAGGUCUAAAGAGAUAAAAAAUGUUCAACGUUCAUCUCUACCAACUGUUCAUAAUGAGAACAGAAAAUCCAAUGAACAAUGCCAGGAAGUAACUAUAUCAUCAAAUGCAGAGGAACAAACCCCUACAGAAAAUAGUGGGUUCCAUGUGGACUUUGAAAGGAUCUACAAGUACCUCUCAGUGAUCUCACGUGGAUCUAAAGCACCAGAACUCCCACCAGGUGAGUCAGCUGUGCUCCUAGAUUUGUUACUGUCGCUACCAGAAGAGCUUGGCUGCUUGGACUUUAAAAAGCUGAAGACCCAUAUGUACAAAUGCUAUAUUGACUUAACUACCAACUGUACAGGUGAAAGAAGCAGAGCAAAUGCAGAGGCCACUCAGCCAGUCAACAAGAAUGAAAACCUUAAUUCAUUUCAUGUUUUUCCAGACCCUAGCAGCCUUCCACAACAACAACAGGGUAGUUCUCCUGCCUCUUCCAAAGAUGAUACAGCACCAGCUUUUACCAUGGACUGGAAAACUUUGGGAAUCUGCCCUUUGAAUUCAUUUUUGCUUCCCUUGGAUAUCCUGGCUCGAAAAAGCAAGUGCUUAAAUUAAGGAAAUUGGAUUCUAUGCUACCACAUGCCUGCAGUGAACUUUGUCCUUUAGAAUACUUGAAGUUGUUUCUGGAAGAAGCCUAAUUAGUUCUACUGUGUUUACCUGUGGCUUGACCCCUUCCGUGUGGCUCUUGUAGCAGUAUUGUGUUCAAGCAGCCUAGCCUACUCUACAGCUUACUCAUGGGCUUGCUUUCUAAACGGACUGUGUAUGCUGCUUUAUUUUGAUGUUCUUUCUGUAAAGAUUUUCUUUAUUCUGCCAGUAACAGCUAGGAAAAUAAUCUGAGCUUAUACUACAGCUGAUGCCUGGUAUAUCAUCAAUUAUAACAUCUUAUACAAUCUAAUACAAGAACACAAUAGAAAUCAAGUUAGAUUGUAUCUGAGUUGAAAUGCUUAUUCUAUCCCAUGAAAAAUAGCAAAAGAGUUGUUUAAAGACAAAGCCAUUUCAGGUAACUUGCUCAGUGCCUUUUAAUAUCAAUGUUACAUUGAACAGCCUUUGAUAAGUCUUCUUGACUUAUUUCCUGACUAAGAAGAUUUUCCUGUGCUAAUUUCUGCUAAGAGUCUUGCUAUAUGGCUAGGGAUUUAAGCAUUGCUUUUUAAAGCAUUUUCUUUCCUUCCAGAUUUGGUUUAGGUAACAUUACUAUGAAAAAUUAAAACAGUCUACAGCUCCCUGAAGUAUGUCAGCAAAAAUAUGUACAGUUGUUAAUGGGUUCAGGGAAACUCACAUUUUGACUGCAUGCAUAUUUGAUUGUGCUAUUCUUGCCACCGUUGCCACUGUUCUGUUAGUAUUAGCUAAAGGAAUGGAGCUUGCAUCAAAGUUUAAACAACCAUGUAGUGCUAGGAAAAUAAUUUAUUCAAGAGAUGUGUUCAAAAAAGCACUUGCAACGUCUCUCAGUAGUACUUGGAGAGAAGCAACCACAUAUAACAAGUACCAUAAAACAUUACUUGCAGCUUUAGAGAUUAUUCCAAAUUCAAGUUAAUCAAAUUAGGGAAAGUGCAAUGAUUUUGCUUCAGUCAUAUGAUCUUGUUGAUGAGGGAGAUAAGUUCUAAGUGCCAAGACUGCAAGAGGGUACACACAAAAUACUAGGGCCAGAGCCUCAAAUGACUUGUUUUUCAAGAAAUCAGUCCUAAGAAUGAGUCCUAGAACAUCAGUAUCUUUGUAAGUGAAGGAAUGGUGUUAAAAACAUUAAGAAUUAAGACAGGAGAAAAGGCCUUCCCCUCCCAGCAUGCCUGGAUGUUGUAAGUCUUUUUUCCAUCUUAACUUUCAUAGGAUAGUACCAUAAGCCAGUGCUGGUGCUACUAGAGCGGCAAAUGAUGUUACUUUGAUUACCUUUGUUAGACAUGUAGCCAGAGCCUCUAAACUUAGAGGAUUGGCAUCUGCACUCCACCUGCCCUGCAAACCAGCUAGAGGUGCACUUUUGGCAGUGUUAGGUGAAGAAUUUCAAUAGGGAGGGAAGGCAGCUGUAGUCCUGCAGAACUAUGUUGUACCCUGACAGACCUGGUCUCUUUCCCUUCCCUGUUGAAUGUCUUCAUCACCCCUUUAGAGAUACAGCUAGAAAAGUAGCAGCGAAGAUAAUCCAAGGACAGAGUUCCAGCUCCAACAAAUCCUGUGGCCCUGUAAAUGCUGUCUAGGGCCCAUAAGAUGGAGGAAGAGGAAGGAAGUAUGGAGGAAGUAACCAAUUCCUUUAAUAACUUUGUUUUAUCAGAUGUGGAUGUUAUUUAAAUCAGACAUUGUAACAAAAGACAAAUUCUGACAUUCCAUUUUCAGGUACUUGCAGGAUUCUCUAUUCCAAUACAAUAAUAAAAGUUGUAAAACUUGA